UGAACUUAUGUGUGACGUCAGGCUUCAUAAGCAAAAUAAAAUCAUAAAUGGCCGCGCCCAUCAUAUCCAAACAUUGUAAGGACGAAGGGUAAACUCAGAAUAAUUCAUGGAACGCUACAAAGGUAAUGAAAAUGACUUAUCGAAUUUGGAAAGAGAAUGACUUUGACUCAUUUUCUGUCCUUGCCAACACGAAGAAAAUCAACUUUUCAAGGGCACGACGAUAGAGGAGGUACUUCAAGACAUUCGCUCGCACAACCCCAAUUAUCAAAUUACCAAUUGCAGUUAGCUGCACAUUUGAAUAGGUUUGUACAAGCCACUGGUGAAGUAGUUAAAAUAAACGUCGGAGGACAAUUAUUCCAGACUUACAGAAGUACCCUACAAAACAUUCCAAGAACACGACUUUCAGAGCUUGAAACAACAAGUCCAAACUAUGAUACAGAAACAAAAUCUUACUUUUUUGACAGAAAUCCUGCUAUCUUCCAGUGUGUUUUAGAUUUCUAUAGAGACGGAGUAAUGCACAUUCCUCGUGAUGUAUGUGUGCGACAAAUUGAAAAUGACUUGUCAUUCUGGGGGCUGGCCUUUUCAAAUUUAGCUGAUUGUUGCAGAAGAUAUUUGGAAGAAUCGCUUAAUGACAUAGCAUCAUAUGAAGCAUUGAUAGACGAAGUCAGAAACGUUCCAAGAAACCUUUAUAGUGUUCACAGUAAAACGUAUAAUCAUUAUGAAUACUCAUCUUGGAGAAUUCGCCUCUGGGAGUUUUUGGAUGAUUUUACAUCGUCAAAAUGCGCUAAGAUUUGGCAUGCAGUGUACAUGAUCUUGGUGAUGAUUUCCAUAUUAUCAUUCUUUUGUGCCACUCUGUCAGAAUGUCGUGUCUCACUCGAUGAGUCUAUAUACAGGUUUGGAAGCACCACAAAUACAACACAGGAAAUUACAAGUGACGAAAUACCUAAAAUCAAAAAAUUGUUGAAUACGGUUCCACAUCCGGUGUUACAGAUUAUUGAAUUAGCUUGUCUGAUUUUCUUUACAGUGGAAUUUGUGUUCCGGUUUGUGGUAUGUCCAUGGAAAUUAAGACUCUUAAAGAACGUUACAACGCUGAUAGAUAUGCUGUAUAUUUUGCCUGCAUGGAUGGUUUUGUUCGUAGAAGUUACACAUGGAACGUUUUGGCAUACGAAAAAUGGCGUCACACUGUUUAUAGUUAUAGAGGCGAUAGAAAUUUUUCGAGUGUUAAGAAUAUUCCGUUUCAUCAAACAUCAUCAAGGACUGCGAAUACUUUAUCUUGCAAUUAAGAGUAGCAUGCCAGAACUUUCGCUUCUUCUAGUAUUUGUUGUUUUUAACACUACUAUCUUCGCUAGCUUUAUAUAUUGCGCUGAAGCUUUUACCCCUGAUAAUUUUGAUAAUGCUUUUCAUGGUAUGUGGUGGGCUUUGAUAACCAUGACAACUGUAGGGUACGGAGAUAUGUACCCCAAAUCGUGGCUUGGUUACAUUGUAGGCAGUUUUUGUGCUGUAUUGGGGAUAAUUAUGAUACAAAUGCCUGUACCGAUUAUUGUUAGCAACUUUCAUGCUUACUAUCGCUUGAGAUUUUCCAAUGAUAUUAGCGAAAAGAAAGAGGAUUCGUCAAAUGUAGAACUACCGCAGCCAGUACUACCGUUUGAAGACGUAUACAACAGUCAAACUAGUAUUCCAGGUACUUCGGUGAAAAGUUCUGAAGUUUCAGCAAGCCCUCCAGAAAGCAGAUCUAGUUCGCCAGAACCUCCUCCACGCAAUCGAAUGUGGUUGCCGCCAAUAAACAAAGUGAGUGUAGUUAUUGAUUCCAAACACACACUGGAAACAGAAAUUGAGGAAUGUUUAUAAUAUGUAUUAUUGUUAUUUGUUACAUUGAAAUGAGUUUUAUAAUAUUGUCAGUACAUGCAUACAUUGGGAUGCUAUAGCAAGAUUAAUGCAAAAUAUAUGUAAUUUCUUUACAGCCGAUUUCAUUGAGUAGUAUGUAUGUAGCCAAAGGUAAUAUCUUUGGUUAGCUUGCUUGUUAGCUUAACCGUGAAGUCAUUAUUUGAUCAGGUAUAGUACCGUCCUUUCGAAGUAGCCUAGUCCAACAGACAGAUGGAUUGGUUUUCUGCUAGAAUGGUCUACUCUUAAAGGAGGACAGUUUACCUGACAUAACAAUGACUUCGCGGUUCACUUAACAAGCAAGCUAACCAAAGAUAUUACCUUCGGCUUCACACUCAAUGAAAUCGACUGUAACACAUUUUUAGUGGUUCUUUUAAGAUUUUGUUUGACUGCAGCAAUGCUGUGGUAAAUUUAAAAUGAUGUGUGUUUGUGUGGUAUGUUCAUUUACACAAACAAUUAAAAUAAUGUUAUUGCUUUACUGAACUUAAGUAUAUUAUGAGGUAAA